GCCCCCUCCCCCAUAUUCUACAACCUACAAACAAAAUCUACAAAUUUCCUUUUCGCUUUUUUUCAGUUUUCAACAUCUCGACCACUCCCUCUUUCUGUUCGCUCUCCCUCCCUUGUUUAACAAUACACAAUCGAACACCGAUGCUACAGUCCCGACAUCUCUCGCUUUCUCUACUUUUCUCUGUUUCUUUUUUUGUUUGCUAUAAAUGCUUUGGCCCUUCUUAAAUAGAUCGUUUUCUGUGUUCCCUAGCUAGCCUUCCCGCUUCGGUCUUCGGCCCCGAUCGCCAUCAUCAGUGUUGAUCGAGAAGAACGGGAUUGCAAUUUGCAAUUGAAUUUGCGCGGCUUCUUUGGGAGUUGUUGGGUGAUUGCGUCCAUGGAUGUUUGGAUUCUUGUGCUAGUGUAUUUACUAACAAUCGCAGCUAUACCUGGUUGUUUAUCGGAUCCCAGUGACGAGGCGUGCUUGACCCACCUAAGCAAGUCGUUGCAGGACCCCAAGAAGUCUCUCCAGAACUGGAGAGAACCCAACUUCGCUAACCCUUGCAACGAUACUACUUCCAGUCUUCAAGGUGCUACCUGCAACAAUGGCCGAAUCUACAGGCUCUCGCUCGCGAAUCUGAAUCUUCGUGGCACCAUAUCUCCGUUUCUCUCCAACUGCACCAAUCUGCAAGCGCUUGACCUCUCCUCCAACGCUCUCACCGGUCCUAUCCCUCCCGAUCUCCAGUCCCUGGUCAACCUCGCCGUUUUGAACCUCUCUUUCAAUCGUUUGGAAGGCGAGAUUCCCCCGCAGCUCGCAUUGUGCGCCUAUUUGAACAUCAUCGAUCUCCAUGACAAUGCCCUCACUGGACCCAUUCCUCAGCAAUUGGGCCUCCUCGUUCGCCUCUCUGCUUUCGACGUCUCCAACAAUCACCUGUCCGGUCCAAUUCCGGCGUCGUUAGCCAACCGCAGUGGCAACUUGCCGAGAUUCAAUGCCACGUCGUUCCAAGGGAACAAGGAUCUCUACGGAUACCCUUUGCCGCCACUCAGGAAUAAAGGACUGUCCGUUUUGGCCAUUGUGGGGAUCGGGUUAGGAAGCGGACUCGCGAGUUUAGUGCUGAGCUUCACCGGAGUGUGCAUAUGGUUAAAAGUUACAGAGCGGAAGAUGGCAAUGGAAGAAGGGAAAAUCAGUCAGCUUAUGCCUGAUUAUUGACCUUAAUGACAAUGGCCUCAGAAAAUUCCAAGGUAUCUUUGAAAUUGAUUGAGGAUGGCUCAGAGGAAAACACCAGGCAGGUACGUUUUUUGAUAAAAGUGAGGUGGGGGUUAUGCCCCCUAUUUUCCCCUUCUUUCUAACGGGUCAUUCAUGGGGACUUCAGAUUCAGACCCUUGUCCUAUCGAUUUUGUUGGGGAUAUAACAGAAUUUUUCCCCCCCUUUCUCCACUGCCUGCUCGUCUGUUUCACUGUUUCAAUUCCCUUCCCCAUUCCUGAUUGGCCUGAUUUUGAUUUUGAUCCUGAUUCUGAUUCCAAACAGUGUAUAAUCUAAAGGCAUCUAGAUCACUCGCACCAGUAAGUAAAAUUGUGCAGCUUUUUCCCCCUUUCCUUCACCUAAUCGCUUCGUUGUAAGUUUGUUUGAUUCACACUAUCAUUUACUAACGGUGCUAGUUGUAGUACUGCUACAUAUCAAUGUAAUUUCCUUGAUUUCCGAUA